AUGCCUAAAGUUCUCUCUGCAAAUCUUGAGCGCACCAUCAAACCCAAAUUCAAGCUUUUUCGAGACUUGGGUUUUUUUUCUAGCGAUGUUGUGGAAAUCGUUUCGUCUGACCCAAAGACUUUAACUAGUUGCAUUGAUAAUUGGCUUGGCCCGUCGAUUUUAGCAUUGAAGAGUGUUUUGGAUUCGAAUAUGGAUGAUGUGUCUAGUGUUUUAAAGAGAUCUGGGUGGUUUUCGAGGUCUGAUUUGGCGAAAACUAUGACACCAAAUAUUGAAUUUAUUAUGAAGAGUUGUGGUUUGAGUUCGAUACAAAUUACCCAGUAUGUGUAUAAAUGGCCAAGAUUAUUCAUGUAUAAACUGACGCAGAUUAGAGAACAUGUGAAGGGGGUUGAUAAGAUGGGCAUUGUUAGGAAGUCUAAGAUGUUUCUUUCUGGGAUUCAGGCUAUUUGUUCGAUGUCUACAGAGAAUUGGGAAUUGAAAUUGGAGGUGUUUAAGAGUUUGGGAUUUUCGGAAGACGACAUUCUUUCCGUUUUUAGGAGGGCGCCUCAAUUAUUUGCUCUUUCAGAGAGGAAAAUUAAGGCGACAACGCAACUUUUACUUGGCACAGUUUUUAGGAGAGGGCCUUAUGUUUCUGCUAGGCCAGAGAGGAAAAUUAAGGCCAUAACACAGUUUUUGCUUAGCACGGGCAAAUUUGAUAUCUCAUAUGUUGUUGUUAAUCACCCAGAAUUAUUUGGUUUCAGUGUUGCAAAUAGGCUUAGGCCACGGCUAAACGUUAUGGAGGUUUUGGAAAGCAGGAAUUUGCUUCUUAAAAUGCCGAGUUUGAAGCAUGCAUUCCAUUUGAUUGAUAAGUAG